UACAAUUUCGCAGCCGAUGCGUCGCACGGACCUGCACUUUCGCAGAUCGGCUUUUCGACUCGACGGAUCUUACCUCGAUCAGGAGUCGUCGGUGUGCGCGAUCAACGCCGUCCUCGUUGUCAUCCUCGUCUCUGUCUUCAUCGUUUCGUCCUUGUGCCGUGCGUAUUAUUCGGCUAUGUCCGAGGAACUUGGAACGUUGCGCGACAGCCAGCCGCCUUCUUCGUGGUGCGACAUCGCCAGCCUGUUUCCGGUGUCGUCGGGUCACGGGAACGCAAUAAUCUGUGCAAAUGCGGCACGUGUCUUCAUCAGAGGCUUCGAUCAACCGAUGAAGUGCUUGAAACGCCGCUUCGUAACGUCGCCGGACGAAUCGCGGCCCGGCAAGAACGUGCUGGACGCUUUCAGGGAUGUAGAGUGCAGUGGGGAGUCGCGGGUGAAGAAAAUUCGCCGCGACAAGAAUGAAAACGAAGCGCCUGUCGACUCGGUUUCUGCAGACCGAAAUGCGAAUUACUACGCCGAUUGCGACACCUCGGUGUGGUUGAGGAGUUGCGAGCAGGAGGUGGUCGAACCGCUCGCCGGCGAGCUCACCGGCAACAUCCCCGAGUGGUUGAAAGGCACUCUGUUGAGAAACGGGCCGGGUAAUCUGAAAGUGGGCGAACACACCUUUCAGCAUCUGUUCGACAGCUCGGCUCUGGUGCACAGGUUCGCAAUUUCGGAUGGAAAAGUGACUUACCAGCGACGUUUCGUUCAGACCGAGGUGUACAAGAAGAACAUGGCCGCUCAGAGGAUAGUCGUGACCGAAUUCGGCACCAGAGCCACGCCGGAUCCCUGCCAGAGUAUCUUCCACAGGAUAGCCGCGGUAUUCAAUCCAGGAGACAUCUCGGACAAUUCCAUGAUCUCGGUGUACCCUUUCGGUGACGAGUAUUACACGUUCACGGAAGCGCCGAUGAUGCACAGAAUCGACCCGAAGACACUGGAGACUAUAGGCAGGGUGGAUGUGUCGAAAUACGUAAAUAUCGUGAAUCACACAUCGCAUCCUCACGUCAUGGCCGACGGUACGGUGUACAACGUAGGAAUGAGCGUGACGCCGUUCGGACCUCGAUACAACGUCGUGUGCUUUUAUCCUAGUCGUGUGACCGUUGACGAAUUUGGCGAAGAGAAGGAACUCUCCAUGUUCGAUCAAGCGACGAUCGUAGCCAGCGUGCCGUGCAGGUGGAUACUGAAUCCAUCGUACAUGCACACCUUCGGCAUCACCGAGAACUACUUCAUAAUCAUAGAACAGCCGUUGGCCAUCUCCAUGGUCAACAUGAUGGUCACGCACUUUAAGCAAGAACCGAUGCUCAACAUCUUCAAAUGGCACGAAAACGAAAACACGCUCAUUCACGUGAUAUCGAGGGAAACGGGCGAAACGGCGAGGACGUUCGUCGCGGAGACGUUUUUCUUCCUACACGUGAUCAACCAGUUCGAAACUCGCGACAAGGACUACGUCGUGUUGGACAUAUGCUGUUAUCGGGACCCGAAGAUGUUGGAGUGCAUGUACAUCGACUCGAUGAAGAACAUGCACGAGAACCCCGAUUACGCGAAUAUGUUUCGCGGCAGACCGUUGCGUUUCGUACUUCCGAUGAGGCCACCGGCCGCCGACACACCGCCGGAACGCAACCUCGUCACGAUCAGGACGGUGCAUCAGAGUCUGGAGCUGUUUCGGAACGUCGACGACAAGUCGCCCGGCCACGACGCGGACAAACUCGACUUCGAAUUCGUCAACGACUCGGACGUCGUCGUUUCCAGCGCCGACGACGUGAAGCGCAAAUGGGACGAGCACAGGAACGCUCUGCGAAGGAAGCCGGCCGCUCACCUGUUCCCCGACGGCAGGAUCUUCGUCAAGCCGGAGCUGCUCUGCGACCUGGGCUGCGAGACUCCGCGGGUGAACGCCGAUUCCCACGUCGGCAGAGAGUAUCGGUACUUCUACGCGAUCUCAAGCGACGUAGACUUGGACAAUCCGGCGAAGCUCAUUAAAGUCGAUACUUACCUGAAGACCAGGAAAGUAUGGCAGGAGAAGAACGUGUUUCCCAGCGAGCCGAUCUUCGUGGCAGAUCCCCACGCGAAGAACGAAGACGACGGUGUGAUCGUGAGCUCGCUCGUCUGGGGAGAGGAAAACGAGAGUCGAGUCGGCCUGCUGAUCUUGGACGCCGUGACAUUUACGGAAGUCGCAAGGGCAAUCUUCGACGCACCAGGACCGGCGCCUAAGUGUCUGCACGGUUGGUUCACGCUGGAUAAAUAGUCGAACGCGGAGAAGAGAGAAAGUAUCAAGUAUAGUAACGUCGUUCGAUUGAGACGAUAGAAAGGUUGAUUGCUUGGGUUCCCUUUUGAGAAGGGAGCGAAUUUUUCAUGUCGUGAUAUAUAAGAUCUUGCGAAUUUCUCGGAUCUUCGAUCGAUGAUGUAUCGAGGCAUGCGAUUGCUUUCAUUAGUACCUCAUGAAGCUCACGGAGCCUUUUUUUCAAGGCCAAAUAGAUAAGUGUACGUGAUUAUAAUGUUAUUGUAGGUAUACGAAAUAUACAGUACCUGUGUAUAGAUUUAAUUAGAAUAAAGUGGCGUAACUGUGAUCCUUAUUAUUGUA